UUCCGGGGAGGUGGGAGGUCAGAGUUUACCACAGCCUCCUCCCUGCGUCCUUCCUCUGAGCCGGCGACUGCCUGACUUACUUUUCCUCCGUCUUUCUUUUUCCGGCACCUCCACAGUCUUCCUCCUCCGCCUCCUGCCACAUCCUCUGCUGUCGCUGCUAUUGCAGCUGGCGCGUCAGCCGAGCCAGCCUGCGUCGCCAUAUUGGAGGAGAAGCUGCCUUUGCCGCUGCCGCCUCCGCCGCCUCCACUGCCGCUGCCGUAGGGGGAGCCGGCUCGGCCCAUCUCCAUUUCCCCCUCCCUUCCCUUUCUUUCCUUUCCCCUCCCUGAUAGCCUCCGGCCGCCUCAGCUCCUGCCGGGAGAGGGGGACACGGAGAGAAGCCGCGGCAGCUUCGGCUCUCUCCCAGCCUUCCAGCAGGGCCCGCCCGGGGUCCCUCGUUCCCUGCUGCCGCUGCCGCCGCCGCCGCCGCCAUGACUUCCCUGACCCAGCGAAACUCUGGCCUAGUACAGCGCCGUACCGAGGCCUCUCGCAGCGCCGCCGCGGCCGACAAAGAGCGGGCGGCCGGGGGUGGCGGCGGCGGCGGCCCGGAGGAGGAAGGCCGGCGAGACGAGCAGGGCGACGACGAGAAGGGCGACUCCAAGGAAACGCGCCUCACGCUCAUGGAAGAAGUGCUGCUGCUGGGCCUCAAGGACCGAGAGGGUUAUACAUCAUUUUGGAAUGACUGCAUUUCCUCUGGGCUGCGUGGCUGCAUGUUAAUUGAAUUAGCUCUGAGAGGGCGUCUUCAACUGGAGGCAUUUGGAAUGAGACGUAAAAGUCUGUUAACUAGAAAGGUGAUCUGCAAAUCAGAUGCUCCUACAGGGGAUGUUCUACUCGAUGAAGCUCUGAAGCACAUUAAGGAGACACAGCCUCCUGAAACAGUGCAGAACUGGAUAGAGCUGCUUAGUGGUGAGACGUGGAAUCCAUUAAAAUUGCACUACCAGUUACGAAAUGUCCGUGAACGAUUAGCCAAAAACCUAGUGGAAAAGGGGGUUUUGACUACGGAGAAACAGAACUUUCUCCUCUUUGACAUGACCACACACCCUCUCACCAACAACAACAUUAAGCAGCGCCUCAUCAAGAAAGUUCAAGAAGCUGUUCUUGACAGAUGGGUGAACGACCCUCACCGUAUGGACAAGCGUUUGCUGGCUCUCAUUUACUUAGCCCAUGCAUCAGAUGUCCUUGAGAACGCUUUUGCCCCCCUUUUGGAUGAGCAGUAUGAUCUAGCCACAAAGAGGGUGCGGCAGCUCCUGGAUUUAGAUCCUGAAGUCGAAUGUAUGAAGGCCAACACAAAUGAGGUCCUGUGGGCUGUAGUAGCAGCCUUCACAAAAUAACUGCAAUCAGACUGCUCAAGUGUUCUUUUUUUCCCAUUUCAUGUAAAUCACUUUAUCUUCUAUUGAUGAUUCUUGUUUUCUGUCACCCUGUACCUCUCAUCAUAUGAUGAAAAUCAGCUCUUGUUCAUGGGAAUGGUAGGUAGUGUGUUCUGUUUCGUGUGUGUGUCUACAGAAUUCAGUUGGUUCAAGAGAGCUUCCUAUUCUUAAACAUGCUUGACUGCCACAUUGGCAUUCUGUUUCAUAUCAGAUCUAAGUUAGUUUAUCGGGAAUUUUAUUGUACCCCCACCCCUUCCACUGAACGUUUUCAUGCAGAAAGCACUUUCCAGGAGAGAGAGAAGCACCUGGUUUCCAGAUGAUUCAGCUAUGCGAUCCGCCUCAGCAAUGUGCAGCAGUAUUUCCUGGGCUAAAAUCACGAAGGCAUCUUGAAAUCAACAGAGUGAAUCUUUUGGAGUGUGGUUUAACAGGUGCCAUUAAAUCAUAGAAGCUUAUUUCCCACACAGAAUCCUACUGAAAUGGAGUGCAGAUUGGUGCCACAGCAAUACCUGGUAGAUUGUACUCUUUCUUCCUAGACAUUUAUUUGGCAAUGUUCAUACGGUUUGAAAACUAAGAAUAUUCCCCGAUUGGCUCAAUAAAUAGUUCAGCCACCCUGUGUAUUUCGCUGUUCAUGCAAACCUGUGUUGACUUUUUUGUUUGUUUUAAAAAUAACGGAAUCCUAAGGCUAGAAUAGAAAGGUCUGGUUGUUUCACAAAGGGAUGGGAUACAUUCCAUUGUAGUCUGUACAUAGAAUUGUAUAUUAACACUCAAGCACAUUUUAGUAAAUUUCCAAAUUUGAAUUAGUUGUACAUCUGGCUUUCCAUUAUUUGCUUUCAGCCACUGCCUCUUCGUGAAAUGAUGGGCCUCCUAUAAAGUGUUAGUAUGUGUGCACGCCUGACCUUUCUAGAGUCUCUGGAGUUUGUGCCAUCCAGGUACACUCUGCCUAUACGUUGCCUUUAUAUAACAUUUGUUGUAUGAUGAGACUCUAUAUCAUUGUUUCUUUUUUCCACUCCCCUUCUUUUUUUUGGAAGAGGCUUAUGAUGAGUACAAUUCUUGGGUGCUGUUUUCAAUUUCUGUUUGUACACAAGUUAAUACUGUGUCUCAUGCCAUUAAUCUACUUAACACUUCAGAAAAUCAGUUGUCAAUUUUAACAAGUGUUGCAUGUAAAUUGUUAGCAGGUAAUUACUACAGUUCAACCAAUUAAGACUUCUGUAGUAGGAAGCUCUACUAUGUUUUAAUUUUUAUAUACAAUUAUGCUGAUUAGCACAUUAUUGUAAAAUAUAUAAACUGGCUUUUUAAAGUUUAUUACCUCUUUACCAUUGCUUGUUCUAGCUCUGUUUCACAGUGUAAAUAUUAUGCAUUGAACAAAUUAAAGACGGACCUCUUUUUCUUUUUGUUUCCAAUAACAGAACACACUAAUAGUGGGGCAGGUAUCUAGAAAAUUUUGGUUAACAUUGAAAGCAGAAAAUACUAGAUGGCGUUUAACUGUAGUUGAAAUUUAAAGGGAUACCCAAUCUGUAUACUAGCUUUUUACCUACAGUAAAUAAACUAUGAUCUUGAAAGUGCCUGAAA